UACUCAGUAUUGUUUAAUCGUGUUAUGUUCCAGACCUUAACAGAUGUUAAUGCUUUACUGACUUGUGUAUUAAAAUAAUAAUUAUAUUAUUGACAGAAAUUCGAUGGCUGCGACCACAAAACUGUUCAGGAAAUCAUUGGGCGCCCUUACGCAAAUACAGCAAUAUCGAAGCAUUGCAAAGCUACCGACGAGUGCCUCAAGUGCACAGCGGAAUGAACUUUUCAAUCUAGAGCAGCGCCGUCAGCAGGAUGCGAUUGGCCGAGUUGAAAAGAUCGAAGUGCGUUAUUUGGGUCUACCCGAGGACGUGACACUGGUCAUGAACAAUAACAUUUCGACUCCAUAUAAUUGCGCGCAACAUUUGAGCGAAGGCCACUGCAAACGGAGUGCGUUAGCGUUGAUAGAUGGAAGUGUUCCAUGGGAUAUGCACAGACCUCUGCAGGAAUCCUGUACGCUGCAACUGCUUAACUUUAAUGUAUCUGAUCCACACAUAGUUAACAAAGCCUUUUGGCGCACAUGUAGCUUCAUGCUAGGUGCUGCCUUGCAACGAGCUUUUAAGCAGGAAGCUAAUCUACAGUUGCACAGUUUUCCGGGACCAAAUAUUAAAUCAGGAAGCUUUGUGCACGACAUCGUGCUUGGCGUGCAAAACUGGGAGCCGACCAAAGCUGAAAUGCGAGCCAUUUCAGCAGAAAUGGUUAAAUUGGCGGCGCAGGACUUACGCAUCGAGCGCUUGGAGGUGGAUCUGGAUUUAGCAAAGGAAAUGUUCUCAGAUUUACGCUUUAAAAGCGAACAGUUACCAAGUAUUGCCCAACAGCAUCAGAGUCGCGUAACGCUUUAUCGGCUUGGCGAACAUAUUGAUAUUUCGCGUGGUCCGAUGGUAGGCUCCACCCGUUUCCUGGGUAAAUGCACUGUGGUAGCGGCACACAAGUUGGCCAACGAAGGUGCAUCAAACGCUUUUUACCGAGUACAGGGCGUGGCCUUGCCCACAGGCUUUGCUCUGAAUCACUUUGCAUACGGCUUGCUGGAACAACGCGCUCAGAAGCUGAACUCCGCUCGUUUACCCACUGAACCCUUCGAGGAACAACGACAAAUGCAAUUAUCUUAAAUUAAAAUAAAAGCUUUGUAUAUUUGCAAGAGGUUCUUUAAUACUUAAAACUAUAGUCUAUAAAUAUGGUUACAACAUACAUUAAACAUCGUUAUAAAGAACUU